CGCUUCGUUCGAGGCUUCGCCUCCGCCUUUAGCCUCUUAAAACGUUGAACAACAUUUCUCUCUUCUUUUUCGUUUGCUCGUUCCUUGCUCUCUUCAUCACUCAAACCACUUCCCUUCCUACAUAGGGCCAGCCAGGCCGAAGAAUUUGAUGGGUUGGUGAGAAACCUAGGGAUUUUCAUUGGAAACAGAGGUUACUAGCGUCUUUGUAAGUAUAGAUUUGAUUUAUUUUCUCGGACGAGAAAUUAAUUUCAUUGUAGCUUUGGAACCCGGAAAGUUGAGUAAAAUAUUGAGAAUUAAGGUCUCCAGAAUUGAUAAAGAGAGGGGGAGAUUUGAAGGACAGGAAGGAAGUACCGUGGUUUCUGUUUCUAGGGUUUAUUGGGUCUUUGUCUUUAUCACUUAGAACCAUGUCUGUCACUGCUGGUGUUAGCGAUACUGUGAUUGCUAUUAGGGAUAAACUUAGAGGUAAGAUUGGGCAAACCAAGGUGAAAAGGUAUUGGCCUGGAAAAGCACCAGAAUGGGCAGAUGAUGCGGACGAAGAUGCCGAUAUCAGGACGGCUAGGGCAGUUGCCUUGGAGAAAGCUUUCCCUAGCCAGGAUGAUGAUUCCGGAAUUGUCAAAAAAGAUGACCCCAGGCUGCGUCGUUUGGCUGAGAGUAGGAUUGAUAAUCGUGAAGAAAUUAGAGCUGAUCAUCGUCGCAUUCGGCAAGCUGAGAUUGUUUCCACUAUUGAAGAGGAAAGCAAGAGGCAAGAAGGUGCAGAUGUAGAGGAUGAGGACGAAGAUGCUUUAGAGGAAAGGAGAAGAAGAAUCAGGGAGAAAUUGCUUCAGAGGCAGCAAGAGGAAGCUGCACUACUUCCGGAGGAAGAGGAGGAGGAAGCAGAGGAAGAAGAGGAGGAGGAGUCUGAGUAUGAGACUGAUUCAGAGGAGGAACUAAUGGGUAUGGCUAUGGUGAAGCCUGUCUUUGUUCCUAAGUCGGAACGGGACACCAUAGCUGAGCRUGAGCGACUUGAAGCAGAAGAAAGAGCUAUUGAAGAGUUGAUGAAAAGGAAGUUGGAAGAAAGAAAGGUUGAGACCAAACAGAUUGUGGUUGAAGAGAUUAGGAAAGAUGAAGAAAUACAAAAGAACUUGGAAGUGGAGGCAAACAUUGCGGACGUGGAUACUGAUGAUGAGGUUAAUGAGGCAGAAGAGUAUGAAGCUUGGAAGGCAAGAGAAAUUGCAAGAAUUAAGAGGGACAGGGAAGACCGGGAGGCAAUGUUGAAGGAGAAGGAGGAGAUAGAGAAGGUUAGAAACAUGACAGAGGAAGAACGGAGAGAAUGGGAGAGGAAAAAUCCUAAACCACUCCCUGCACCCAAGCAGAAAUGGAGAUUUAUGCAGAAAUAUUACCACAAAGGUGCUUUCUUCCAGUCUGAUCCAGAUGAUUAUGCAGCUACGGCUGGUGCGGACAAUAUCUACUCUCGUGAUUUCUCUGCUCCUACUGGGGAGGAUAAGAUGGACAAGACAAUACUUCCUAAAGUCAUGCAGGUUAAGCACUUUGGGCGUAGUGGGAGGACUAAAUGGACCCAUCUUGUCAAUGAGGAUACAACUGAUUGGAAUAAUCCAUGGACAUAUAAUGAUCCUCUGAGGGCAAAAUACAAUGCCAAAAUGGCUGGAAUGAAUGCGCCAAUCGCCAAACCCAAAGGAAGCAAGAAGCUGAAGGAUUGGGAGGGCCGUUGAGAAUGACUGGCUAGAUCAAUUCCUAGCACUAAUUCCAUUCAGCUAUCAUGGGGCUGUUGUUAAAGCUUUCAACUACAUAAAGCUCCAACUUAGUGAGGGACCAUGUUUUAUAAAUUAACUUUCCCUUUUUGAUUCGUAUAUCAGCUCAUACCAUUGUAAUUCAAAGUUCACGUCAGAAGAUCUUUGGCCUCAGGUGGCGUUCGCUAAAUUUGAAGUGUGAAGUCUGAAAAAAAAAACCUCUGAAAAAGCUCUGAAGGCCUUCUUUUUCACUUUCUGAAUAUAGUGGAGUUAUUCGGUAA